CAAACCUGCUUCUGCUUCUGUGCCCCUAGACAAUAAACAUCUCAGUGCCCCUGGAUCACCCUUGGUUGUGAGAGGGGGAACAGGUGUCUUGGACCAUUCAGGCCAGGGAUGGUGUCUCUUGACUAUGCUUGCCAGGUAGCUGCUGUUAACUGUGCUCGUCAAUGUGCCAGUUGUAUAUUGAUACAAUAUGCAUGCAGAGGAUCCUGUUCAUGCAUCACCUACAAGCAUGGCAUCAGGCCUGAACUUCUAGAAAAGGUUUGUCCCAGCAGAUGCUGCCUAUGGGUUGUAGAUGUUGUUACUGCUGCGAAUAGUGUGGCAUAGUGCAGGGUCAAGUAGGCUGUGAAACUAAGUUAAACACUUUGCAGGCAGUCAGUAAUACCUUUCAGUUAUGAGGUGAGAAGGCCAGGACAGUGGUAAAGUUUUUGCUCCAUGGUUAGACAGGACUCUCCAAAUUAUGCUAGCACUGUAAUUUGUGCAGCAGAAGGAGGAAGGGACAGCAUUAUGUGACAGAGAUUGUCCUGCAGGCACAAACCAUGCUACUUCUAAAACAUGCAAUAAUAAGCAUUUGAUAUUACAGAGCUAAUUUUCAGAACAAUAAUACUGGUGGUACUCUUACAACCACACCUGCCUUAUGAAUUUAUUUUUGCAUUUAAACACUUGUAUUUUUCCUCAAACUUAACUCAUUAAAAUGAAAAAAUCAUGCAUUGCUUUAAUAUUUUCUUUAUAACUGAUUAGGCUGCAAUUAUUCUGUAUUCUUCUUCUGGGAAUAUCCCCCUGUAGAAAGAUAUCUCUCCUUGUUCCUCCCUAUAUAUCAACGUAGAAAUCCGAGAGCUGCUCAUUUGUAUUGUUAUUAACAGUUACCUCAUGGUUUUAUAUUCAUUGCUCUAGACUGGGAUUGGCAGCCAUUUGAGGAUGGGGUUCUCCUUUUCAAGAUAUCAUAUAUGCUGGUAGCAGUAAGCUCCUGAUUAUUUUUUUCAAAUACCUUAUCAGUACAUAAGAGACAGCUGCUACUACUGAAUGUGGACCCGGGACCUUCUGUCAUUAGCAUCUGACAAUCUCAUACUCUCUAUGGUUUGUGAUUGCUGCCUCCUGGUCUACAUGAGAGAUGGGGUUUAUUCUGUUUCUAACCUAUCAUAAGAUUGUUUUGUAUGUAGACCAACCAGCCAUGACUCUUCUGUAUCUUUGGUUUCCCGUUAUGGUUAGCAGAGCCUUGGGUUCUGGGUGUGAGCUGGCCCCUGCUGGCAGAGCAUCUGCUGCUGUGCUAUACCAAGUCUUUGCAUCUCCUGCUGCUGCAUGGUGGGUACAUGUUUUUUAGCUCAGCAGGUCUUGAAGGCUGAACACACAGCAUAGGCCCCCUGCACCCAGCUAUUUUAUGCCCACUUCACUGCUGCUGUCUCCUUGGAUUGUUCCAGCUACUUGAUCCUCAACCUCCUGCCACCUGACUAUGCUAUAUGUGCUGAGUCCUGUUCAUAGUGCUGUUCCAAUUCCUUUCUCCCUUGCCCAGGGGCACAAGGAGUAUGCAUUGUCUCCUUUAGCCCCGCUUGAUGUGCUAAGAAUAGACCAUCUUCCCUCAGUGGUUGCCUUGCAAUCUGCAGACCUCCAGCCCAGCUAUGAGCUGCAGGCAUGGAGUUAGGGCAGGGAGAGGCAUGGACCCACCACCUGUGCAGGAGCCAGACCACCUCCCUGCCUGUGGUGUGAGAGUUGUGCUGCCAUCCUGGUCUCAUGGGCCAUUUUAGAGACAGGUGGUAGCAGACCAAAGCAGUACUUGGGUGCCUCAGAUGUGGUACAUACUGUACUAUUUGGUCAGGUUUAACCAUUUAAUGCCUUGACACUGAUACCUCACCACUGCAAGCCACUAACUCAAUCAGCCCCACUAGUGACCUUUUAGCUCUAAGGUUUGUGAGUUUGUUUUAUCUACUCUCCCACCUUUUUCUCACAUAAGAGUAAGAGAGCAGAGCAAUACAGUCAUAAAUGGUGUGUGGGUGUUUGGACCUGAAUUCAUUGCCUCCUCUGUGCUCACCACAUCCUUCUAUCGGCACAGUAAUACUGAUACAGUGCUGACGUCAACUGCCAUCUAUCACUGUAUAUUCCAAUACACUGCAGCUCCCGGCUGCACACAAGUAGGCUUUACUCUGACUCAGUGCUGAUGAAAGACACCUGCUUUCCAGCUCCCGCACAUGCAGUGUCUGCACUCACAGUAGUGAUUUAGCCAGGCCUGCCGUGAAGAUGUUGAAGGGCUGAAAUGGACAGCUGAAAGGACGGGGCAAGGACAUCCAGUCAGAACCAACAUGAGGAACAAACUAUGGCUCAAGAGUAUUUCCUUCUUCCUUUUAUUCCAGUACACUAUGUGUUGUGAAAACCUCACUUGUUUUGUGGACUAUGUACAGACCCUGUCCUGUAUCCUGAGAAAUGACCUGAGUGCCAGUUCAUAUAACCUUACUGCGACAUGGGUUCCUGAGGACAAUCCAGAAAACAUUGUGGCUGCCUGCAGUCUCCUGCAAUUGUCCAGGAACACCAGCCACACACAGUAUAUGUGCAUUGUGGACAUGACUGAACUCCUGGCAGAUAUCAAAGUGCAGGUUAACGUUACAGAGAUGGCUGAUAGACGAAAUGUUAUUUCCAAAGGCUUUUAUAUGGUACAGAACAUCAAACCACAGCCUCCUUUCAAUCUGACUGCUGUGUUCGCAGAGGGUUAUAAUAUUUCUUGGGAAACUAUCUACCAGAACUCUUUCUACUUUUUGAAUGAAGAGCUGGAAUAUCAGCUGCGUUAUAAGAGAAGAACUGACACCUGGGAGACUCAGAAGACUAAAUCUGUUCAUGAAGAUAAACGGACACUGGUGAUCCUGCCACAGGAGCUUCAGGGAAACACUGAGUAUGAGUUCCAAGUGAGAGCCAGACCCCGAGAAGACAGUGGCUACAGUGGAUUUUGGAGUGAAUGGAGUUCCCCGCUGACACUGAAAACCAGCCCUGCUGCAGUGACACAGACAGCAGGCAUGGGAUGGAUGCUGUUGUUUGUUGUUGUCCUGGUAAUCACUGCUUCAAUCAUGGCCUUUCUGGCCAAACAUCAGAGCUUGUGGAAGAAGAUGGCUUGCAUCCCAGACCCAGCUCCCUUUUUCAAACCACUUUACCUGGUGCAUAAUGGAGAUUUCAAGAAGUGGGUUGGUACAUCCCAUACGAAAAUGACCCUUGAUUUCUUUGAAUGGGGAAUAGUCCUUCCGGAAGUCCUAGAAGUUUACAGCAUGUGUCCUUCCAACAGUACCUCACAAGAGGAGAUGAGUGAGCUAAAAAAAGAUCUGCCUUCUAAGCCUUAUAUGUCCUGCCUGACUACCCCGGGUCAGGAUAGCCAGUCCCUGCUGUCUAGUGUGAACAGUAGCAGUGGGAUUCAGGACCGGUCAUAUGGACAUUUGUCUAUUGACACUGUGACUGUAGCUGAUGAAUUUACACCUUGUAAAUGUCAAUGCAACUGUAACCGUAUGUAUAGGGGACAUGAGCAUACCAGUGAUGAAGACAGUGCUGGAGAAAAUGGUUACCCCAAGGUUAACAUUGAUGAUGAAGACAGAAAACUAUCCAGUGACUUCCAUCUGUCUGACUUGAGUACACAGGACAAAAUACUUGCCUCAGGCUCUGUGUCCACAGACCACCUGAGGACAAGUGUCCCAACCCACCAGAAAGUUGAAAGGGCUUUGGAAGCAGGGAUGGGAAGCAUCCUAGAAGCCCUUUGCUUGCAUCCUAAUCAGUGGGAUUUGGAAAAUCCAGCUUCUCUACCUUCUCCUGAUGGUGAAAGUGUUUCCUACAGUGAAGUCUGCUAUGACUUUUUCCUUCACAGUGCAAGGCCUGGUGACAGUUAUCCUACAAUCUGCCUAGAUUUGGACACUAUUGACAGUGGCUUUGCAGACUCGGACUGUGGGAGUCCAGUUGACUGUGAAUUUGAGCAAAACAGUCAGACCAACAGUGGGUCCAUUCCUCUUGAGCAGGAAGGAGAGGACUUUCCACGGAGCUAUGUCAAGCAAUGGGUCUCUCAUCGCUCUGACAACCCUGUCAAUGGGACACAGUAACUAAGGACCUGAUGUUCCUUUGCAGAUUGUAGGGCCUUUUCUAUACAGUACCAGAAGCAAAAUGUCAGCAAAAUUCAGAAGAAAAAAAAAAAAAAACAACAAAGUUUACUUUGUGUAAGCUCUACUGCAUACAACUGAAAACUAUUAGGUCCAUAGAAAUGUAAUGCCUAUUUCUGUUGCCACUUAUCUUGUUAAUGCUGUAUCAAAAGUAACAUAAUUAAUUUCUUAUAAGCUUAUAAAUAGUACAAAACUUUAAAGUAAUUUUCCCUGGCACGACUUGAAUUUAGAUGUACAUGAAUCUUAGAAGCAUAAUCUAUGGCAAGCAUGUUUGUUAUAUUGACACUCCUUUACCCUUUCUUAACAACACAGCUAUUGUUACUUUUCCUAACACAAUCCCCUUUAAACCCAGCUGUAUUAGUUCAUAUUAAUUAUGGAUUAUACCCAUCCCUGUUCAUGAGGUAUAAUCAAAACCAAUUCCCAUAAUCAGAGAAUGAUGAGUCCAAGAGACCAAUCAUAACUCUGGUUUUAGAGGCUUUGCAGGUAGAGUCUAUGAAUGAAGAGUCUUCAAAACAUAAUUCCAGAUUAAUUCUUUCUACAAAGGCUUCCUACUGAAUCAGCAUCUCUCCCAGCAUUUUCCAAGCACACUAACUGUAACACUUAACUAUUAACUGUAAUUAACUAACUAUAACAGCUGUUAGAGCUAUGCAAUAAUUUCAGGAAUGUUGUCCCACCUGGAUAUGCCUGCAACUCCAUCUUCUGCAUUGGACCUGGUCUGCUGAAGUUAACGGGUAGGUAGCACAAAGCUUAGUCAAUUUCUGCUGGAUCAUAAAGCCAACCAUAAAACUGCUAGUUGCAUUGCAACUGAUUAUUUCCCUCUUAUGUCUCUGUAUGUCUGUUUAGAUUAUCAUCGUCUUAAAAAGUUAAUUCAAUACUGAUAUUGAAUGUGAACACCUACAUGUUAUGCAGGUAUAGUGCUACUAACCCAAGUACUGCUUGGCUGCAGAAGAUCUUACUCUGAGAGAACCUGUGUGAUUAACAAUGUAUGUUUCCAGUGCAGUAAUAAUCUGUUCUUGUUGUGAUACCAAUAAACUCUAUUCUCUCUCCACAAGCUUUUA